UGCAUCCGAUUAUUACUCUUUCCUUCCCGAAUGUGUCCAAUUGGGAGAGGGAAGUGCCAGGUCAUUGUGGUUUGAGGGCUUGGGGAUGAAGGGAAGGUGCUACAUGAGUUAGAGGGUAGGAGCAAAGAUGGGCUUUCCAUAGUUUAUGCUCUAUGGGAAAGCUGGGUUCCUACCUUCCUGAACAGUCUGGGGGGAAAAGGACAUGGGAAGUGGCCAGAGCAAGGUUUUUGGCAAUCAGUGACAAAAGUUCAUCAAAACAAGAGGCCUGGCUGUCCAUGUAUGAAAUUAAAGUGGCUUGAAGGGUGAGGACAGACUCCGUUCCAAUUAGAAAAGGCCUUUUGAAGAGGAAGUUGUAAAGAAUAGCAAGAGGGAUCAUCAGAAGCUGCUUCUCUGGAUCCUGUUGGAAAAACAUCUUCCGAAGUGUUUCAGCCUGGAAAUACAAUUAUCCGGGUAGAAAUAGACCAUUGUGUGGUUCAAGGAUACUGAGCUUGAAUAGGACCAUAAAUGAAAUACAGAGUUCUGAGCAUGUCCUUUCAGCCUGGAUGGGCAUGGGUUGAUGCUAUGGUCAUCAGAGGAUUACACCUCGACAUAAAGAAUGCAGAAGCUUUGAAAUGGCACAGGAAAGGAAAGCAGUGGGGGAAGGGGGGUUGCAGAGGUUGCUGGAGCUUUGUUGCUUUGGUGAAAAUCAGGAGGCAGGCUAGCCUACAUUCUGGAUAUAAAUGUCUUCAGAAUUAGGGCAUCCACUGCCGCCAGUGCUUGCUGAUGGGGAUGGAAUUGGAGCCCCUGGAUUCAUCUCCUACCUGGACCCCAGGCCUCUCUACCAGCCUCUGUUUACCAAGAGGCACUCCCCUGCCCCAGGGUAUCCACCUUGAGAGCACAGGGCUCAGUUCCCUUACAAAACUGAAAAAGCAGAUCAGAUUGGGAACGGGGUUAGGUCCUUUUCCAACUGGAGUGAUUGGUGAUGGUGGGGUGGACAGAUGCCCCUGUACCUUUGACUUCAGGACUUCCUGGGUGGGUGUCUUGACGGCCUGUGAUGGGGGAGGAGGGUUUGAUAGUCAGCAGUUGGGAGAAGUAGCCCAUUUAGUAGACUUCCUGAGCUCCUAUCUUAGCAGCAUGACUUUGUGGUUCUGUGACCCUUGGCAAGUUAUUGAACCUCCCUAAAGCUUCCCAUUUUCUUAUCUUCAAAAUGAGAAUAACUAUAACCUCUACCUUACAGGAUGGUCACUGAAAUAAUGCAUGUGAAGCUCUUAGCACGGGCCUGGCACACAGUAAGCACUCAAUAAGUCAUAGCUAUUAUUCCUCGUGGGAUGUUCUUUCAGACUGUUGUGGGCAGGGCAGGAGGAGGGCUAGGAUGUCAGGAUGGAACCAUGAAGGCCUCUGAGGACCUCAGCCCAGGGCUUGGAACCCAAGAAAGGUGAACAAGCGAUUAGAAGAAGGCAGGUCAAAGGCGCAUGCCCGGCGACAGCAGGUGCAGGGGGCGCGCCGCCGGCGCGGCGGCCUCCCCUUUAAGAGCCGCCACCGCCCACGGCACGCCGCUGCGGCAAGGACCUCCCCUUUAACGGCGGCGGCUCGGCGCUCCGCGGCCCCCGCGGCGGCUGCUGCUGCGGGUGCUGCUGCUAGUGCGGCUCCUACUGCCGCCGCUGCUCGGCCUCCAGCAGCUGCAUCCUCGGCCCCGGCCGGGUUCCCGCCCUGCGCCCCGCCCGGCCCCGCCAUGGUGUCCUGGAUCAUCUCUCGCCUGGUGGUGCUCAUCUUUGGCACCCUGUACCCAGCCUAUUCUUCCUACAAGGCCGUGAAGACAAAAAACGUGAAGGAAUAUGUGAAAUGGAUGAUGUACUGGAUCGUCUUUGCCUUCUUCACCACUGCCGAGACACUCACAGAUAUUGUGCUCUCCUGGUUUCCAUUCUACUUUGAGCUCAAGAUUGCCUUUGUGAUAUGGCUGCUGUCCCCUUAUACCAAAGGCUCCAGCGUGCUCUACCGCAAGUUCGUGCACCCAACACUGUCCAACAAGGAGAAGGAGAUCGACGAGUACAUCACACAGGCCCGAGACAAGAGCUAUGAGACCAUGAUGAGGGUGGGCAAGAGGGGUCUGAACCUGGCCGCUAAUGCCGCGGUCACGGCUGCUGCCAAGGGCCAGGGGGUGCUGUCAGAGAAGCUCCGAAGCUUCAGCAUGCAGGACCUGACCCUGAUCCGGGACGAGGAUGCGCUGCCCCUGCAGGGGCCCGACGGCCGCCUCAGACCCAGCCCUGGCAGCCUCCUGGACACCAUUGAGGACUUAGGAGAUGACCCUGCCGUGAGUUUAAGGUCAGGCACGAACCAGGCAGAUCCCCGGACAGAGAUCUCUGAGGAUGACACGGGAGACAAGGCCCCUAAGAGGGCCAAAUCCAUCAAAAAAGUGCCCAAAGCUGAGCCACUGGCUUCCAAGACGCUGAAGACCCGGCCCAAGAAGAAGAUCUCCGCGGGGGGUGACUCCGCUUGAGGCCCCGGCACGCACCCCCCGCCCCAGGCUGCAGAGCCCCAGCUCCACACUGUGCCAGCAGCCCUCAUUCUCAGGCCCUAGGGCCUCUCAGAUGGCUGGUUCUGGUGCCUGCCCAGUGGCCCCUCCCCCGGAAGGGCUUGGAAAAGAGGAGGGAGGCCCUGCUGUGGGGGCUGAGGGUAGAGGCUGGACCAGGAGCUGAGGACUGAGCCACUCGAGGAGGUGUGGGCUCCUCAGAGCCUGAGCGCUCUUCUCCCCGCUCCAGCCCUGCCCCCGCCCACCCAGUGCCUUGCUGAAGACCAUGGCCAUUCCCUCGUCUGAAGUCCUGACAUGGUCCCACCGCUCUCCCUGGGUCGGGGUCGGGGGCCAGUCACAGCCCAGAAUGACCAGAGACAGUCCUGAAGGCCCUGGGAGAGAGGGAGGGAGUGGGGAAGGCCUCGGAGAACCUGGGCAGGGGCUCUGGGCCUGAAGCUGUGAAUAGAGGACACGGGCCUAGCGUGCACUCAAAUGACCAGGAGGGCCAGGCCAGAGCUGCAGCUGAGGGCCUUGGGUAGGACUGUGUGCUACAUGCGCCCACUGAAAAGAGCUGGGGCUCCAGGGGUGUGCGUGUGAGAGUGUACGUGUGUGUGCAUCUUUCUGGGUCUAGAGCUGGGGGGUUUUGAGUAAAGGACUUUCCCUCUAGCAGUAACCUCCCCCCACCCUCAGCCCUCCCUCCUACUCUCUGAGCCUCAGAGGACCCCAGCUCAUGAGAGAGUAGGGCUCUGAGGGGCCUCUCACCUCCUCUGCCCUUGAUCCUCUCCCCUUUGCCUCCUCCCAUUCCUGCCCUGCCCUUGGACUAGGCUCCACCCCUCAGAGCCCUCAGUAGAGGCCCUUGCUGAGCUGGUUCCUUUCCUCCUCACCUGGGGGCCCAUCUUCCUUCGCCCUAGGGUCCUCGUCUUACGCCAAGCAAACUAGGCCCCAUGUAAGCAGACCCCCGUCAGAGCCCAGCCUUUGCCCCACACUUUGCCCCAGCUUCUGCCGUGGCUUCAGUCAGGGCUAGGAGGAAUGUAUGAAGAAGAAAAAGAUAUUAGGAGCCAGGGGGCUCCCAAAUCCAUGGAAAGAGGGUGCCCAAUGGACCUUUCGCACUGGAUGAACCAAUAAACCAAAUUCUGGCACCUCA